AUGUCCGCAGUCGCAGAGAAGGAGACCGAGGGCGCGGCCAGCCCUGGUCCCAAGCAGGAAGUCGGUACCUCUUCGCCUUCGUCGAGCAGUCUCGGGGAGACCUUUGGCAUCAAUGAGAAGGCCCUGCUCCGGAAACUAGACUACCGACUGCUGCCUCCGUUGACAUUGUUGUAUCUGCUUUCGUUCCUCGAUCGGAGUAAUGGCCUCACCCUCUAUUUCAUCGGAUACGUGCUCUUCGAAGUUCCCUGCAACAUCGUGUUAAGGAAAACGACUCCGCGCAAAUGGCUGCCGACCCUUACUCUCAUCUGGGGCGUGGUAGCGACCCUCCUGGGAGUCGUGCAGAACUACUCCGGGUUCCUAUCUUCGCGUUUCUUCCUCGGUGUCGCAGAAAGUGGUCUUUUCCCCGGCGUGGUAUUCUACCUGUCUAUGUGGUAUAAACGCAAUGAGCAGCAUUAUCGCGUUGCUCUGUUCUUCAGUGCCGCAUCGUUGGCCGGUGCCUUUGGUGGUAUCCUCGCCUGGGGCAUUGCCCAUAUGAAGGGUGUUGGAGGAUAUAACGGCUGGAGGUGGAUUUUCAUUCUGGAAGGACUGUUGACCGUUGUCGUGUCCAUCAUCGCCUAUUUCUGGGUGUACAACUAUCCUGCGACGGCCGAGUUCCUGACUGAGCAAGAGCGCGAGUUCAUACAGUUCCGCCUCAAGAACGACAAUGACGCCACGCGCGAUGAAAAGUUCACGUGGUCGGCGGUGUUGGACGCAUUCAAGGACCCGAAGGUCUGGCUAUACUGCUUGGGAUUUCACACUAUGUCCCUGCCAUUGUAUACACUUUCGUUGUUCCUGCCGACGAUUAUCAAAGAUUUGGGAUACUCUGCAGCCGAAGCACAACUGCUCACCGUGCCCCCGUAUGCCGUGGCUUUCAUCUUGACCAUCAGCGUCGCUGUGCUCUCCGAGAAAACCCAACGCCGGGCACCAUUCAUCAUGGGCUCAUCUGCCCUCGCCUGCAUUGGCUACAUUAUCUUACUAUCCGAUCACCGGGCCGGCGUGUCGUACGUCGGAACUAUCUUCGCCGCAGCAGGCAUUUAUCCUGCUGUUGCUAUCGUGCUCUCAUGGCCCGCGAACAACGUCUCCGGGCAGACGAAACGUUGCAUCGCAAACGCUCUGCAGAUUUCCAUUGGAAACCUUGGCGCCGUCAUGGGUACCCAGUUGUAUCGCACUGAGUGGAGUCCGUACUACUUUGUGGGCCACGGCACUGCACUGGGCUACCUAGUUGCCAAUAUUUUCGUCGUGGGGACGCUAUGGUACGUCUUGAAACGGGAGAAUGAAAAGAAGGAGCGUGAGAGAGAAGCUCAAGGUCUGACGGCCAUGAUGGGUGACGUUGGAGACGUUGAGGGUGAAUUCUUGGGAGACAAGGAUCCCCGUUGGAUCUUCCAGUUAUAA